CAGGGAAGCAAAGAAAGGAGCUGAGUGGAAUCCUCCAAUAUUUUUUCUAAGGCAAAAUAACGACACAGAUAGAACUUCUACUCAAAGAUCAUAGACACGAUGCUGCCUCCCAUGGCCCUCCCCAGCAUGUCCUGGAUGCUGCUUUCCUGCCUGAUGUUCCUGGCUCGGGUCCAAGGUGAAGACUCCCAGAAGGAUGUGCCCACUCCAUGGAUCAGCUGUCCCAAAGGCUCCAAGGCUUAUGCCGCCCACUGCUAUGCCUUGUUUAUGACACCAAAAUCCUGGAUGGAUGCAGAUAUGGCCUGCCAGAAGAGGCCCUCGGGACACCUUGUGUCUGUGCUCAGUGGGUCUGAAGCAUCCUUUGUGGCCUCCCUAGUCAAGAACAGUGUGAACACCUACUCAAAUAUCUGGAUUGGGCUCCAUGACCCCACAGAGGGCUAUGAGCCCAGUGCAGGUGGAUGGGAGUGGAGUAGCAAUGAUCUGCUGAAUUACUUGGCCUGGGAAAGAGACCCCUCCACUGUCGCAAACCCUGGCCAUUGUGGGAGUCUGUCAAGUAGCACAGGAUAUCCGAAAUGGAAAGAUUACAACUGUGGUAUGAGGCUACCCUAUGUCUGCCAGUUCAAGGACUAGAUCUGGGGAGACGUGAGGAACCUGAGUUUUGCAUGCCACUCAUCAUGGACAUGGGACCAAGUGUAAAGAAUACCCCUGAAAGAAACAUUCUCCUAUACCUCUAAACUUGACCACCUCAUUAUGACCUUCCCUUCCUCUCAGCCUCAUUUCAAACUCCUCUGUGUCUUCCAUAAUUUAAGUUUCAAAUGGUAAAAUAAAAAAUAAAUAAAUUUAGUCUGUAAUUG